CUGGACUACUACCCGCCACCACCAGCUCUUGGAUUACUUUACGGCAUUGAAAAUCCACCCUCAAAACUCACACCGACAGAGCAACGAAUUCCUACGGAGAAACCUCCUCAAAUGCGCCUCGAAUCCUAGCCUGACGAUGGAUUCGACUCUCGCCAACCGGCCGCGGCCUCGUGCUGCAUACACGCAGGGCACCACGCGCUGUGCCUACACGCCCGAUGGCUCCCGCCUCGUCACCGUCGGCUCGAACAACGUGAUCCGUGUCUUCAAGACGGGCUCCGAUGGCGAGCCCACCAACAUUGACGACUGCCAGGAGCAGAACGUUGCCGUUGCCGUCGCAGAGAACUUCUUCGUCGUCGGCUCCGAGGACGGCACCGUCAGUCUCUACUCACUUACCACGGCCACCUUUGAGAAAUUCCUCUUCCGCACGACGCUACCCAUCCGUGAUGUGACCCUGAGUGCGGACAGCCAGUGGUGCGCUGUUGCGAGCGAUGAGCUGACCGUCAAGCUGGUCAACACCAAGGAUAUGAUGGAGGUGCGACACCUGCGCGAGCAUGGCAGAGCGGUGCGGAAUGUCAGCUUCGACCCCCAAGGCCGCCUGGUUGCCCUGUCUAGCGUCGACGGUAUCAUAUACGUAUACUCACUUACGGCCGAGGAACCGGAGCUGAUUCGCAAGGUGGACGGUAUCAUCGGCGCAUUGGACUCGGAUAGCCAGGUGUCAACACGCGUUGCAUGGCACCCCGACGGACGUGCGUUUGCCGUGCCGACGCCGACCAAGGAUAUCCAGAUCAUCUCCAAGAAUGACUGGGAGAAGCAACGAUGCUUUGCAAACGGCCACCUGGCGGAUAUUACCGCGCUGGCGUGGUCGCCCAACGGUGCGAUGCUGGCGUCGGCGAGCAAGGACGGCAAGCUGUUGGUGUGGGAGACAAAGACCCAGAGCGUCAUUGCGCGUUACGACUAUCCCAAUGUCCUCGACCUCGCAUGGCAUCCCUCAAAAAACAUCCUUUCCUUCACCACGGCGACUGGCGAAGUUUACAUCUAUCCCGACUUCCUGACCGACCAAUACGCUCCUCUGCUGAAGCUGACCACGCAACCGGCGCCUUAUAUUCACGACCCCCGGGCUGAGAUUUCUGGAAACGGAAGAGUGCCCCAGUUCAAUGGCCAAAAGCAACAGGAGAUUCCCUCUCGCCCGCGACGGGAUUCUCUGGGAAGUCUAGAUUCCUUUCUUCAGGAUGCUGAUGGAUACGGCCGCGAUGGCGAGGAUGUGGGCGGCGAGCAGGCCAACAAGCGCCGCCACCUCCUCGAGCCCCAGUAUCAUGCCUCGUUCCAGCCCGGCUCAACGCCAUGGAGAGGUAAUCGCAAGUACCUCUGCCUCAACCUCAUCGGCUUCGUCUGGACUGUGGACCAGGACGCUCACCACACUAUCACCGUUGAGUUCUACGACCACGAGUUCAACCGCGACUUCCACUUCACCGAUACUUUCCUCUACGACAAGGCUUGCCUCACAGAGCAUGGCACCCUCUUUUCCAGCCCGCCCAAGGACGACGUGCCGGCCACCAUCUUCUACCGCCCACACGAGACGUGGACGCAGCGCGCUGACUGGCGCACCGAGCUCCCCCUUGGCGAGGCCGUCACCGCCAUGUCCCUGAGCGAGUCUUUUGUCACCGUCACCACGAGCGCCAACUACGUGCGCGUCUUUACCCGCUUCGGCAUGCCUUACCGCGUCUAUCGUCCCAAGAGCACGCCCACGGUGACGUGCGCUAGCUGGAGGGACUAUGUACUCACUGUCGGCAACGGACCCGUUGGGCCGGACGGCAACACCCGUCUCCAGUACACUAUUGAGAACGUCAAGCGAGAUGAGAUUUGCCAAAACGAGGACACUGUUGCCCUCCCAGAUGGCGCAACCCUAAAGAGUGUCUUCUUUUCAGACAACGGUGAUCCCUGUAUCUAUGACUCUACUGGUACGCUUCUUACACUCCUCCACUGGCGGCAGCCAUCGCGUGCAUCCUGGGUGCCCCUGCUGGACACCAAGUUGCUCCCGCGUCUAGCCUCGGGCCGUAAGCACGAGAACUAUUUCCCCAUUGCUGUAGCGGACAAUAAGUUCCACUGCAUCAUCCUCAAGGGCGGCGACCAAUAUCCCUAUUUCCCCCGUCCUCUCCUCUCCGAGUUCGACUUCUCGGUACCCCUGACGUCAGGGCCCAAGGAGAAGAAGAAGAAGCAGAAGAAGAAGAGCCGGGAGAAUCCCGACGCCGAAGAUUUUGGCGAAGGGGAGGAUCAGGACAAGGAGGACGAGGACAUAGAAGACGAAGAAGAAGAGGACGAGGACGCUGAGACGAAGAAGCUAGAGCAGCAGUUCCUGCUCCGCGGCUUACAAGCAACCCAAUUGCGGGACUUGGUCGACGCAACGGCUGGCAGCCAUACCCAGCGUUCACUCCUCUCGCGGCUGGAGCUUGAGAUCGACAAGACCCUCCUGCAACUCCUGGCGGUUGAGUGCCGCGAGGGCGAGGAACGCGGAAUGCGUGCCCUUGAGAUGGUGGAGCUGAUGCGUGACCGCACCGGCAGGAUGGUUGAAGCUGCCGGGAAGGUGGCCGAGCGAUAUGGACGGACCAUCCUUGGUGAAAAGAUCCGGGAGCUAGGAGAGAAGCGGGUCAAUGGCAUGGACGAGGAUGACUUUUAAGUGGGCGCUGAGUACGGCGUAUUCGGCAUUGGGGGACGGGAAUAUGUGUUUUCAGGACUAAUGAUUUGCCCUCGGUAUGGAUAGCAUGGGAGGAGUCUAAUGAUGGUGUUCGAACUUAUCCGGAUCUGGGAGGACCAAAAAAAAAUGAUGAUAUCUUCUUGUUGCGACCUGACCCAUGAGCCAUUUCAACCGUUGAGAACUCUA